AGUUUGUGUGUCGCUCAUGUUACACAGAUCUCUGUGUCUCCUGUCUUUCUCUCUGUCUGUGUGUUCCAGCCAGGAGCCAUAUAUAUAUAUAUCUCUUUUUGGAACAUUCGGACGCUAUUUUUCAUUGAGAUCCAACCAUUUCUUCUCCAAGCACCAACGUUUGUAGCUGUUGGUGCUCUGUGACUGUCAGGAUGCAGCAGCUGGUACUGAAGGUCCUCUGCUCCACACUGCUGCUUGUUGCAGUGGUGCCCACUGUGUACUCACAGUCAGAUUGUUCUCAAGCCGACUCAUGUGACCUGUGCGUUGGAGACUCCAUGCUCAACCUGACUGGCUGUGUCUGGAGGCUCUGUCCAAACGGUAAUGACACAGGCACGUGUGUGAUUGACGACGGCAACUCAGCAGACAACUCCAUGAACUGUAGCUGGACCAGAGUGUCUGACCUGUGCACAGUUGUCGAGACUGUAGCUGAAGGAGGAGGGGACGGUGACUCGGGUGACGGAAGCAACACCAGCUCACCCCCACAGUUCUCCCAGGCCAAGUUUGACAUGUCCAGUUUCAUCGGGGGAAUCAUACUGGUGCUGUGCGUGCAGGCAGGCGGUCUCCUUGCCAUGCGCUUCCUCAAAUCCAAAGAGCAGAGCAGCUAUGACCCCAUAGAGCAGCCACAGUGAAGACAAGACAUGUGAAGGGCAAGAAGAUGAGGCUGGAGGACGACAAGCAGUGACUCAUCCAGUUGUGACGACAAGAGUUUUUUUUUUUUUCCCCUGUCCCAUUUCCCAUUUUUGGUUUGGUCCCCUUGUGUACCCCUAGAGGACUGGUGUGUUUAUGAGCGGACAUUUCAUCCUGUAAUGAGAGUAUCUGCAUGUGUUCACUGUGUUUGUAUUGUAUUUACAUUUCAGACACGUUUUGACUGUCGGUGUGCCACCAAGGAGCAAAAAAAAAAAAAAAAAAAGACUGAUUUUCUCUCCUUUGUGAUGAAACCCACUGCGAGUUUUCACCAAUACUACAUGUUACAGGUUUGUCCUCUUACAAACAACAAGCCACUAGCUGAAUCAAUGUUUCAACUGUGUAAAUAGUACAGUGCAGCUGUGGGAAAGGUUGAUAUAAUCCCAUGUAGAGAGAAGGUCAGACAAGGUCAUAACAGAUGGUUCAAACUUUUUUCAAGAUCCCUGCAAUAGACCAAAAUAAGAUUUUGUUGAAGAAUAUAAGUAUAUAACUCACUGAAACAAAAAAUUAGAUUAUUUACGUUUGUUGUACAUUCACUCUAUGCUUUAAGCUGCAGUGAGUUAGGUAAUUAAGAUAGGAACCCUGAGGAACCAUCUUAAAGUUUAAAGUUCACUGGUCCACAGAAGUAUUACUGCAUGUGUGAAAAAAGGUAGUAUAAAGCCUUUGGUGGCUCUAUGUAAUCUGAUAAACCAGUGAUGUCACACCAUGCAUCUGUUCCAGCAAGUGACACAAACGAAGGCAAUUUAUACCCCUUUUUUCACAUAUGCAGUAGUACUUCCCCAAGACCUGUAAACACAUUUUAAUGUGUGAAAUUAAUAGCGUUACCCUUUGAACAACUCAUAGGAACAUAGAAGAAUACAGCUCAUCAUCUAACACAAGGCCCAAAGAGCAGCAGUAAUAGUAGUAGAACUUUACACUUCAUGAAUAAUCCUCUGAUGUGCGUGUGAUAUCUGUUUUUUUUUUUUAACAAAUUUUUGUUUCGACUGCUUAUAUUUACACUACAUAAAUGCAUAACAGCUUUAACCCCUCUAUAACCAGUAAAAGAGAUGUGAUGUGACCCUGUUUACUCAUGCUAAUGCUGGUUAAGUUGAGCGAUAUGAGUAUGUUUGAUUUUUUUCUUGUGAUGCCACUAGAAUGAGAAAUGCUUAAAAAGGCUGGCAGUCUCAA